AAGAUCGUUUUAAUUUUUUAGAAAAUUUUGGGAGAAUUUUUAUUUUUUAAAAAUAAAAAUAAAAUUUAUUUUCAAUUUUAAUUUCAAAUUUAAUUUUAUAAAAAUCUUCUUUAUUUUUUUAAUUUUUUGGAAUUUUAAAGAUCUUAUUAAGUUUUUAGAGAAUUUUUUAUUUUUAAUAUGUACCAAAUAAAAAUAAACAUGUUAGUAAGUACAUUAAAAGUGCCAGUAGCCUAGUGGUAAAAUACUUUGCCAUUUGACCAACCAACCUGGGUUCAAAUCCAAGGGGAUACAUAUUUUUAAUUUCAAAUCAUGUAAAAUGACGUCGUUUCAUCUCAUUUGAAAACGACGUCGUUUCACUUAACGCCAACAAUAAACGACGUCAAAUAUUUCUGUUAAAUUUGUUGACGGCGUGCUAAAUUGGCAAGUCAGCGAAAACAUUGUUAUUUAAUUAUAAAUUUAAUAAAAGUUUUGUGUUUUUUUGGUCAGCCCAAUAGUCCAUGUUUAUGUUGGCAAUUCGUGCAAAGUUUAGGUUUUUUUUGGCCGAAUUCUCAUAUUCUAUUACAUUUGUUAUUACUAUUAGGAAAAGACUAUAUAUAUAUGAGGUCUAAUAGACUUCCUUACCAAUCUGUCUAUCACAUUUGUUCUUUGCUGUACAAAAAUUCAUACUUACGUACUUAGCAAGACAACUGUGUUCUAUCGAUGCGAGUAUUCUCUACCACGGAUGUCCACCAAGUGUUCUUCAACUACCGAGGAGAGGAACUGCGUUACAGCUUCGUUAGUCAUCUCAUUGAUGCUUUUGAAAGGCAUGGACUCGAUUUCUUCGUUGACAAAUACGAGCAGAGAGGCAAAGAUCUCAAAGAUCUCUUUGCAAGAAUCGAAGAGUCGAAGAUCGCGCUGGCCAUCUUCUCCACCCGGUAUGCAGAAUCAAGCUGGUGCAUGGACGAGCUUGUGAAGAUGAAGAAACUUUCGGAUCAAAGAAAGCUCCAAAUCAUCCCAAUCUUCUACAAAGUGAGUGCAAGAGACGUUAGAAAGCAGACAGGUGAGUUUGGUGAAAAUUUCUGGACGCUCGCCAAAGCUUCUAGUGGAGAUCAGAUCAAGAAGUGGAAGGAAGCCUUGGAGUGUGUCUCCGACAAGAUGGGUUUGUCCUUGAAAGACAAGAGGUACUUCCCACUCACACUCAUACUCACUCGCAUUCACACUAGCAUUCACACUCGACUCAAACUCAAGACCGGUACUGAGCACAUUCCAUUACAACAUUAGUUUUGCUUCUUCAUUUUUUGGAGUUGAUAUGCAUUAUCAUACUCCCUACAUUAUUAUUUUUUUUAAAUCAAAAUCUUUACGAUAUUUUUGUUAAAACAAACUUUCAAGACAGACCCCUGCUUACACUCAUUAUUCCUGGUCUUGCUUUUUUUUUCUUUUUGAAAAGGUUCUUCGUCUUGAUUUUUAUACACUUUAAUUACAACCACCUUUAAUUACAACCACUCACAUUCACACUCACACUCAUUCUUCUUAGUCUUGGUCUUUUGAACACUUUAAUUAAAACCAGAGAAUCGUGAUAUUUAUUUACGUUCAAAAUGUGAAGGCUAUUGUAUAAUUACUCUUUUGGCAGCUCUGAAGCCCAUUUUGUCAAAGAGAUUGUUAAGGAGGUCAAGAGAGUUAUGGCAGCAAUUAAAUUACAGGAAGAAGAAGAAAAUAUUUUGGAGGAAAAAGGAGAAAGCUUGAGAAUUGCAUUCUCCAUGCAUGAUUGUUUCAGCAUUAUUAUUAACUGUUAGGACGUAGACAUGGACCAAUAGCUCUCUUUCCUGGAGACCCUCAAGAGAAUCUAGAAUAUCGAGAAAACUUUAGCUUCAGAUCAAUGCCGCUUUUCACUUCA